CGCGUGCAUCCUAAUCCCCCGCCUUCCGGCUCCGGCGGCGACGCUCGCGCCUCGCGGCCGCCGUGCCACCAGUGUCAGCCUCCCUUAGGAGACUCCAUUUGCUUUCAGGGCAGUCUGGCCGCCGCGCAGGCAGGCGGAGAACGAUGCCCUCGGCACACGGACGACCGUCCCCUGCGCCAAGCGGCCUCUCACUCGCCGGCUGGCUGCGGCGGUGACACCCGGUCGCUGAGUCCACGGAGGAAUCCGGGCUCCCUCCGCGUGAGCCAAGACGUCCCGCGCUCCGGAGCUCGCCCUGCGGGGAGAGGCCCUCGCUAACGCGGCUUCUCUUUGACCUCUUAAUAUCAGGAGGUUUCGGAGGCUCCGAGAAUCUAAACAGCCCCCCACAAGAACCACUUCUAUUCGCACAUCGAGGAUCAUCUUUCAUCAGGAUUAUUGUAGCAUCUUCGCUGAGCCUUGCACCCCAUACCCUCUACCAUGAGUUCUGACUUCUGCCAAUGAAGUUUUUUGAUGCUUUAUGUGACACCAUCUCUUGGUUACCUUUUUCCUUUCCAGUUGCAAAAUACAUUAGGUAUAAGUUUGUGUCGUGUUAGAGUACAAUUUUCUGCCUGUCCACUUUCACCGUUUUUGCACGACUCAGUUCUGCCCAGCUUGCCUUACCAUACUUGCCUAUGAUUUCCAUAACCAGCAGAUAAUCUAUAGCAGUCCUUGCCUAGAAGAAGCAGCUGCCCUACAGUGCACUGCCUGACAGACAACACUCGGGGUGACUUUUCCCAUUAUAUUUUCCUGUAUGUCACGUUUGCAACUCUCCUAAAACUAUUCCCUAGAACGUUUCCCAAACUACUCCCACUGAGUCUUAGAAAAGAACCUCACCUUUAAUGACGGCCAGAAGAAUUGAGUACGCAAUAGGACUGUUUUAGAGACCUUGCUGGUACAAUAUAGGUUGCAGUCUCUAUUGCAGCUCACGAAAAGACCUUAAACUAAGAGAAUAGGAAGAAAGAUAGAAAAUAGGGUUGAUUGGAACUAGUCCUCAUUGAAGGAAAUACAUAAUUUUUAAAACAGCAAAGUGAAGAGAGUCAGCCUGGCCAGCACACUGUACAUCCUAGGAGGACAAGGUCUUAAAAUCCCAUUUUCUAGUUUCAUUGUGUUCAAAUCUAAGUUGUUAAGUAUCUUGUUCUAGUAAUCGCCUAAAAUAUUAGACACUUAAAAUGUUGGGGAAACGUAAGCGUGUGGUGUUGACAAUUAAGGACAAGCUUGACAUUAUUAAGAAACUUGAGGAAGGCAUCUCUUUCAAAAAACUUUCUGUGGUGUAUGGGAUUGGUGAAUCCACAGUUCGUGAUAUUAAAAAGAACAAAGAAAGGAUAAUAAACUAUGCAAAUGGUUCAGAUCCUACAAGUGGGGUAUCCAAACGUAAAUCUAUGAAGUCAUCAACAUAUGAGGAACUUGAUCGAGUAAUGAUAGAGUGGUUUAACCAACAGAAAACAGAUGGGAUUCCGGUGUCUGGAACAAUCUGUGCAAAACAAGCAAAGUUCUUUUUUGAUGCUCUGGGGAUGGAAGGUGAUUUUAAUGCAUCAUCUGGCUGGCUAACUCGAUUUAAGCAGCGCCAUGGUAUUCCAAAGGCUGCCGGUAAAGGAACAAAAUUAAAAGGAGAUGAAACUGCUGCUAGUGAAUUUUGUGGUAACUUUCAGGAAUUUGUUGAGAGAGAGAAUCUACAACCGGAGCAAAUUUAUGGUGCUGAUCAAACUGGAUUGUUCUGGAAAUGUUUACCUUCAAGGACAUUGGCUCUUGAAACUGAGCAAAGUACUUCUGGUUAUAGGUCAAGCAGAGAGAGAAUCAUUAUUAUGUGCUGUGCAAAUGCCACAGGUUUACACAAACUUAAUCUCUGUGUUGUGGGAAAAGCAAAAAAACCCCGUGCAUUCAAAGGAGCUGACCUUUCAAACCUUCCUGUCGCUUAUUUCAGUCAAAAAAGUGCAUGGAUGGAACAUUCUGUUUUCAGACAGUGGUUUGAAAAAUAUUUUGUGCCACAAGUACAGAAGCAUUUGAAAUCCAAGGGGCUUCUAGAAAAAGCAGUGCUUCUUUUGGAUUUCCCCCCAGCACAUCCAAAUGAAGAAUUGUUGAGUUCGGAUGAUGGCAGAAUAAUUGUGAAACAUUUGCCACCAAAUGUCACAAGUCUAAUUCAGCCGAUGAGCCAGGGGGUUCUAGCCACAGUAAAAAGAUACUACCGAGCAGGACUUCUCCAGAAAUACAUGGGUGAAGGAAUUGACCCAAAAAUGUUUUGGAAGAACUUGACAGUAUUAGAUGCAAUUUAUGAAGUAUCAAGAGCUUGGAACAUGGUAAAAUCAAGUACCAUAACCAAAGCAUGGAAAAAACUUUUCCCUGGCAAUGACGAGAAUUCUGGCACGAACAUUGACGAAGGAGCCAUGUUAGCAGCUAACUUAGCAACUGUUUUACAGAAUACAGAAGACUGUGAACACGUUGACAUUGAGAAUCUUGAUCAGUGGUUUGACUCUCGGAGUAAUGACUCAAGCUGUCGAGUGCUAACUGACAGUGAAGCCGCUGAGGACCAGGCCAAGCCUUCUGAGCAAAAGCCUUCUAAAAAGACUAGAAAAGCAGAGCUGAAUCCAGAGAAAUAUAUUAGCCAUAAAGCUGCUCUUGAAUGGACGGAAAAUUUGCUGGAUUAUCUAGAACAACAAGAUGACAUGCUUCUGUCUGAUAAACUGGUAUUACGGAGACUUCGAACAAUAAUAAGAAGAAAACAGAAGAUUCAGAAUAACAAGAGUCCUUAAUAAUGCUUCUAAAGGUUUCAGUGUAUUUGCAUCUUUGAGACUUUAUCUGCAGUUGAAGUUCAUGAUCUUAUUUGAAGUGCUGUGGAUUUCAAGACCAAAUACAUUUUAUAAAUGAUUUUAAGAUUAGAUGCCAUUUUGGAUUACUUAAAUUACUGCUCUUUAAUGUUAAGUGAGCAUUGAUAUAUAAUUUGUCUGUCUACCAUUUCUAAUCUGUAUUAUACUAAUUAGAUCAUAAGGUACCUGAGGCCAGGGAACUUGUGUCUCUUUUGUGCCUGAAUUUCACUGUCUAAUAGGGACCAUGCACACUCUGGGCAAUCAAUAAAUCUUACUGAAACUGAAUAUGACUUUGUCUGAACUUCGGUUUCCAAACUGAAAUAUGUUGGGGUUAAGUUUCCAUUUCCACAAUUUUUCCACCUGCUGAAAAUUUUAGAACUCAGAUGAUUAUGCUUGAAGUAUUUCACUGAAAGCAAAGAACUGAAGGAAAAGGGUCUCAAGCCUUAAAUAUGGCAUUCUAUACCAACAGUAUUUGGG